GCUCCUUGUUCACUGCCCUUGCCAACGACGACAACUACCACCAUAACCUCUCGUUUGCAGAGCAGAGCCAGAAGAACGCUACUGCUACGAGUAUGGCGUCAAGAGCAACCCUCGGUCGCUCGCUACUGCUAGCGAACGCGUCGCGCGUCGCUACACGCUCUUCCGCUCGCCUCGGAUGCAGAACAGCGACUACAGCUGGCCCUCCGUCGCCCAACGAUCCCUUCGCCAAUGGAACGAAUGCCUAUUUCGCCGAGGAGAUGUAUAGGCAGUGGAAGGAGGACCCGAAGUCGGUGCACUCCUCCUGGAGCGUGUAUUUCGCUGGCCUGGAGCGUGGUCUGCCCAGCGCAGAAGCGUUCCAGCCCCCGCCGAACCUAAUCACAUCGUCUCAUGGAACAUCGGGUCCAGUUCAGACGCAAGAUAGUGGGAAUCAGCUGGAUGAGCACUUGAAGGUGCAACUUCUCGUUCGCGCAUACCAAGUCCGGGGCCACCACAUCGCUAAGUUGGACCCUCUCGGCAUCUUGGACGCUGAUCUAGAUGGAAGUCGUCCCCCGGAUCUAGACCUCAGUCGGUAUGGUUUCACGGAGAAAGACAUGGACAAGGACAUCGCUCUUGGCCCUGGCAUCCUGCCCAACUUUGCUACCGGCGACCGAAAGACCAUGAAACUGAGCGAAAUCAUCAAGUUACUUGAACGUAUCUACUGCGGAGCGGUCGGCUUCCAGUACGCGCACAUUCCGGAUAGUGAGCAAGUGGAAUGGAUCAGGGACCGCGUCGAGCUUCCCAAACCGUGGAACUAUACCGUCGAGGAGAAGCGGAUGAUUCUAGACAGGCUGGUCUGGUCUUCAUCAUUCGAGAAGUUCAUCGCCAGCAAGUUCCCUAACGAAAAACGAUUCGGUCUUGAAGGCGGCGAAUCCCUUAUCCCCGGUCUGAAGGCAAUGAUUGAUAGGUCUGUUGACUAUGGCGUGAAGCACGUCACGAUAGGCAUGCCCCACCGCGGUCGCCUGAACGUUCUGGCCAACGUCAUCCGGAAGCCCGUCGAAGCCAUCCUCAACGAGUUCUCUGGAUCCACAGACACCGUGGACGGUUCCCCCGCCGGUGAUGUCAAGUACCAUCUCGGUGCUAACUAUGUCCGUCCCACACCCUCGGGCAAGAAAGUGUCGAUCGCGCUCGUUGCGAACCCCUCUCACCUGGAAGCCGAAGAUCCCGUCGUGCUCGGAAAGACCCACGCCAUCCAACAUAUCGAAGGCGACGAGAGGACACACAACACGGCAAUGGCGGUUCUCAUCCACGGUGAUGCGGCGUUUGCGGGACAAGGUGUCGUGUACGAAACAAUGGGCUUCCACAACCUUCCCAACUACGGUACCGGCGGAACCAUCCACGUCAUUGUGAAUAACCAGAUUGGGUUCACCACGGACCCUCGUUUUGCGCGGUCCACACCAUACCCUUCCGAUAUCGCCAAGAGCAUCGAUGCUCCUAUUUUCCACGUCAACGGUGAUAACGUCGAAGCUGUCAACUUCGUCUGCCAGCUCGCCGCGGAUUACCGCGCCAAGUUCAAGCGUGAUGUCGUAAUUGACAUCGUGUGCUACCGCAAGCACGGGCACAACGAGACGGACCAACCGAGCUUCACGCAGCCGCGAAUGUACGAGGCCAUCGAGAAACAGCCGACAACGCUUGAGGCAUACACCCAGUUCCUCGUCGGCCGCGGCACGUUCACAGAGAAGGACAUCGAAGAGCACAGGAAAUGGGUCUGGGGCAUGCUCGACAAGGCGGCGAGCGAGGCGAAGGACUACGUGCCCACGUCGCAGGAAUGGCUCUCCGCGUCGUGGCCCGGCUUCCCAUCGCCCAAAGAGCUUAAGGAGAUGAAGUUGCCCACACACGCCACCGGUGUAUCCGAGGACGUGCUCAAACGCAUUGGCAACGCCAUCUCGACGUGGCCCGACAAGUUUGCCCCGCACAAGAACCUUGCGCGUAUCCUCAUGCAGCGCGGUAAAACGGUCCAGGAGGGGAAGAAUAUUGACUGGGCGACGGCCGAGGCGCUCGCGUUCGGCUCCCUCGCGCUCGAGAAGGUGCACGUCCGCCUGUCCGGGCAGGACGUCGAACGCGGCACGUUCUCCCAGCGACACGCCAUCGUCCAUGAUCAGAAUAAUGAAGCGCAGUAUGUCCCGCUGAACGAACUUGGCUCAUCCCAGGCUCGCUUCACCGUCUGCAACUCGUCCCUAUCUGAGUUCGGCGCCCUCGGUUUUGAGCUCGGGUACUCGCUCGUCUCACCAAAUAACCUGACCAUCUGGGAGGCGCAAUUUGGCGACUUUGCUAAUAAUGCUCAGUGUAUCAUUGACCAGUUCAUCGCGGCUGGCGAGCGCAAGUGGCUUCAGCGCACUGGGCUUGUCAUGAGCUUGCCUCAUGGGUACGAUGGGCAGGGCCCGGAGCACUCAAGUGGGCGGAUAGAGCGUUUCUUACAGCUUUGUGACGACCACCCGCUGGUGUACCCGACGGUGGAGAAGUUGGAGAGACAGCACCAGGACUGUAACAUGCAGGUCGUUUACCCCACGACACCAGCGAACUACUUCCAUGUCCUCCGUCGCCAGAUCCAUCGCGACUUCCGCAAACCCCUCAUUCUCUUCUUCUCUAAGUCGCUCCUUCGCCACCCCCGCGCCCGCUCCGACCUCGCCGAAAUGGUCGGCGACAUACACUUCCAGCACUACAUUCCUGAACCGCACACAUCUUCGCUUGUCGCGCCCGAGAAGGUCCGACGACACAUCCUCUGCAGCGGGCAGGUGUACCACACGCUCUUGCAAGCACGUGAAGAGCGUGGAAUCGACGACGUCGCGAUCAGCCGACUCGAGCAGAUCUCGCCGUUCCCGUACGAGCAGAUCACCCCCCAUCUUGACAAGUACCCCAACGCAGAUCUGCUGUGGUGCCAGGAGGAGCCGCUGAAUAACGGCGCGUGGACAUAUGUCGGGCUCCGCCUCCAGACUGCGGCCAGCAAGACAGAACACCACAAGGGCAAGUUUCCGUUGUACGCCGGGCGCGACCCGACGAGCUCGGUUGCUACCGGUAGCAAGACGCGACACAAGAAGGAGAUCGAGACGUUCUUGAACAAGGCGUUUGCUUGAUUCGUCAGCCUUGCGCGAUGUAUUGAUAGGCUAUACCGUUUUGUACAUAUGUACUUUACGUGCAGGACCGAAAGGAAGGUCGUGCCUAUGAUGUAUACCACCUUGUUCCAUGU